GUGGAUAAAAGAAACAAGGAUUGGGACUCUCUGAAUCUUCUCAGUGCCUCUUGGUCCCAAAGCUUGGCCCACUGGACAUCCCAAAGUUAGGCCAGGCAUGACUGCGCCUCCUCCACGGUCUCUAUCCCCCUGGCAUACUGACCGGCACUGGAUGGGUACUCAAAACCAAUUUGGGGAAGGAACGGAUGAGUGGAUUGAUUCCUUUAUUGUUCCCCUGUCAGGCACCGAUAAAUGGUUGUCGAUGUGAACCCCUAAUCAACAAGCUGGAGAACCAGUUGGAGGCAACUGUGGAGGAGAUCAAAGCAGAGCUGGGGUCAGUUCAGGAUAAAAUGAACACAAAGCUGGGACAUAUGGAGAACAAGACCCAGCACCAGAUGCGUGUUCUGGACAAGCUGAUGGUCGAGCGGCUCGCAGCGGAGAGAACUGAGUGCAUGACCCGCCUGCAGCAGCAUUCAGACACCGAGAAGCACGAGGGGGAGAAACGACAGAUGUCAUUGGUGGAUGAAUUAAAAACCUGGUGCAUGUUAAAGAUUCAGAAUCUGGAGCUGAAGCUUUCUGGAGAUUCUAGGGCCUCUAGGACCAAAUCCGUACCAUCUACUUACGAGUCCUCUACAGGUGUGGAUCAAUCAGUGGUCACUGCAGGUCCAGUAGCAGCUUCUGACAGUUCUCCUCAGGUGGUGAGGCCCAAGGAAAAGGCCUUCAACCCCACGGCUCCCCAGAGAACACAGCAGGAGCUGUCUUCCUCAGACUGUAUGGGUUCCCGGCUGAGGAAUGUCAAGGUCCAGACAGCCUUGCUACCCUUGAAAGAGGCAGCCAAAUGUGAUCAGCAGGCUGGGCCCUGUGUAGACAGAGGCACCCAAACCAGGAAGUCUGGGAAAAGCGGGCAAACAAGGCAUCGGACCCAGCACCCAGCACCCAGCAACCCCUGUGGGCCACCACCAGCAACAGGCAGCGAGCAGACCGCCCCUCACACUCGAGAUGCCUCCCAAGCUCUGGAGAUUACCCAGUACUUUUUUGAGGCUGUUUCUACCCAGAUGGAAAAAUGGUAUGAAAGGAAGAUUGAGGAAGCACGAAGCCAAGCCAGUCAGAAGGCCCAGCAAGACAAGGCCACCCUGAAGGAACAUAUUAAAAGCUUAGAAGAAGAACUUGCUAAACUAAGGACAAAGGUGCAGAAGGACAAUUAGGACCUGGGGCAUGGCACAAGAAGGGAUUCUUGAUGAUUGCUGGCUUUGCAGCUCUAGAAGAGCUAGGCCCAAGGUGUCCAUUAUUGUGCACGCAGUGGACUUGUCUUUCAAAAAAAGUCAAAUUUCUGAGAUGUGCCAGACCCAUGCUUCCUAUGCCCUGAAGUUAUGACGACUUCAACAGUGAGACUGAAACCAGGGGACGCUUGCUUAGUUUCAGGUUUCAUUACAAAGUCAUAACCUCAGUCCAGGCUCAUCUGAGGUUCGAAAGCUCAGAUUAAGUGAGCCACGCUUAGAAACUGACGAUCUGUAGAGUCUAAACCCUAAAAUUCAGGAUGUAUGAAAUAAUACAAAUCAAAGGGAAGAAGAAAAACGAAUCCCUUGUGAACGCCAGUAGUCAUUCAUGUGACGCGCACUUGCUGGGCCCAGACGGGCAUCUUUCUGUGAGCUCUGUGGCUGAGAUGCGCAAAGUUCCCUCUCAAUUCCUACUUCUCACAAGGCUGACCUUUUAACCAGAUGAAAACUUAUCAAAUAGAUUUUGAGGAGAAAAAGAUUUUCAUAAUGUCACUAGAUCCAGCAUAUCUUAAAAUAUUUUGCAAAGUCGGAGGGUAUUUAAAAUAAUGAGAAAUUGGCAAAAAGCACUGGGAAUAUUUGUUAAUAAACUCAAAUGAGAAAGGUUCAAAUCAUUGGGUCAUUGUUUCUGUAUUUUCAGCCAAAAUACAGCAAUACGACAAUUGAUUAAUCCUGAUUUUAAAGAUUAAUGGAAAAACAUUCAUUUAACAAUUACCUGAAGCUUCUAUCCUUAAUCACACCCAAUUAUCCAAGAGUACCUUUCUAAAUUUGAGCUUUUUGAUCUACAUUUUAUAAAGAAGUAAGGCUAUUUCUUGAAAGUAUUUCACUUCUAAUUGUGUCCGGUCAUUGAAGAGCCUCAAAAGUUUCCCACUGCUUUGCAGUGAUUCUGUCAAGGUAAAAUAAUUCAAUAACUUGAUCUAGACCCCACUGUUUCCCAGCUUUGUGGAGCCCCAAGGAUUUUACUCUGCUCUGUGGUGUAUACAAAGUUAUAAAAGUAGCUUGGGUAUGUUGAAAUUUUGGAUUUCUCCGCUUCUUGUCCCUUGGUAUGUGGGAUUAUAUUCAUCUCCUCCAGAUUCCAUGUAUGCACAGAAAUCUCCAUUCUGUUUCCAACAACACAGGAACUGAGUAGCUAUUGUCUCUAACGUUGAAUAAAAUGUUGCUCAUUGAGCCAAAGAGAAAAUGAUUUCCUGACAUGGGCACACCCAGAAAAACACAGUAUGUUUAUAGUCCCUUUGUUUUUGCCUAAUCAAGCUCGUGGUUAUUUUUAAUAGUGACAAUCUAUGAACAGAGGCAUUCCUAACAAAUCUAGAUCUAGAUGUAGGUCACCAUUACACAACCCAGAUAGGGAAUCAAUUUAAUGUCCUCUCGAGCUGAUGUUCAUGUCUGUGAGCUUGUCUUGUUCCUCAACUACCAUUCAGGAUGUGGUGGUGUUCCCGAGACUCCUGUUACCCUCGGUGGGGAGGCGCCUUCUCUCUUCAUUCCCCUCUGCGCCCCCAGGCAGAACCACCCAACUGCAGUGGGAUGGUGCCUUCGGUGUCUCUCGGGUCAUGGGCAGCUUUAGAAUCCUUCCUCAACACAGUUUCUUGAGAACUGCCCGAUACUCAGAGAUGAAAUCCUGAGAUACUCCGUAAGUUGUAGUCUAAGCAGUUCUUUCCACUUACCACAUAUCUCCUGUUACCCAAGGAGUAUCCUUGUUGAGAAAUGCCUGAAAACAAAUUAAAUUUUAUCUCGACCAUAGAGUGCUUUGGAAGGAAGUAUUUUGAUUAUGUAACCUCUACCCAUCAGAAGCAGGCAGCUUAUCAUUAUGAACUGGGUAUUUUUGUCCAAGUCACAGGGAAGAGACGAGGGAGGAAUGAGAAGAGUUGAAGACACCUGGUCUGGCCGAUUACAUGGAUCCUUCUCUAACCGAAGGGAACCCAGUAGAGGCAAGGAAACAGAACACCAUCAGUUGGCCUCCUAACCCAAACUAGUGGCAGCAUCUCAAGAUGGGUUUAUUUUAUGGGUUUUUAUUCUUUAGUAUUGUCAAAAAUUCAACUUCGGGUCUGAUGGGUAUCUUUCCUUAUUUUUCCCUUAGGCUAUCUGCUAAAAUGAGCAAAUGCCAUGAUAGUACUCUUCCAAAGAAGCAAAACUAUUAACUGAAAGUCUGUCAUGUGGGUCGUGUUUGAAACGGAGACUGGAACUUUCAAUAGCUAUGGGGGAAAAUGUAAAACACAGAAAGGUUGUAUAAUACUGAAGUGGGGUUUUUAUUAGUGAAUUAUUGCAUUGAGUAAAGUAAAAUCUGUGGUUAGACUGAAUAUAGUUCUAAUCUUACUUUUGACUUCGGGAGCCCAAAAUAAAGGAAUUGAUGUUUUCAUGCUUAAAUCUUUUUUUUUUUUUUUCCAGUCAAGCGCUGAUACUUGAGAGGUAUGUUGUCUUCUAUUUAAUAUUUUUAUUACCUUGAAUUUGUCUCUUUCAAGCAUUAAACAUGGUUCUCAACACUAUGGAUAUUAAAAUCCUUAUUUAAAAAAUGAAAA